UAUGUCUAGAGUCCAUCAGUCGCAGUGCGAAAGCCCGCGCGAAUGGACUGGCCGCGAGCUGCCGCAGCGGGCCUCUCGUCAGCUGUUCCUCCGCCUCCGAGUGCCGCGGGAUCUUAGUGGCCGCCGACGAGCCGCUUCCGCAAGAGUCAGGUAGGACUAUCCAUGGCCGCCGCGGUUUCCAGUGCGCAGAGCUAGAGGCGACAAAGUAUGUACAUAGCUGCUGAUGCAGUUUUUUUCUGCGACUGCUAGCUGCUCGAGUUUUCUCGAGACAUCAGCAGAAUAAUCGGAGCUCCGUGCGAUGAAUAGCCCCCGAGGCGGUCAGCGUAAUUCAUUGACAAAGCACGAAUCAGUCGACAGUCGGGGAAGCCGAUAAGCGGCCGAGAUGCUGCUGGACGACGUCAUCUACGUGGGCUUGCUGCUGCUGUGCAUCGGCUUCGGCCAGGUGUACCGAGGCGUCGAGUCGACGAGCAAGCGGCAGUGGCUGGGCACGGCCCUGGGCCUGAGCCUGGCGACGCUCGUCUCCGGGCCGCACAUAGCCCACCCGCUCAUCUCGACGCUCGUCACCGCCCUCCUCGUGACCAGGCUCUCGCCCAAAAUCUGCCACCUGGCCAGCUUCUUCUGGGCGUUCUUCUACCUGCUCUUCGUCUUCCGGCUGUCCGAGUGGUUCGGGCUGCCGACGCCGCCGGGCCACGCGAACCUCGUGCAGAUGAUGCUGACGCUCAAGCUGGCCGGGCUGGCCUUCGAGAUCAACUCGGCGGCGGCCACUCGGCCCGAGGACGAUCCCCAGGGCGCGAGCUCCGCCGCCCUCGCCCGCAUCGGCCUGCUCGACGUCUUCCACUACGCCUUCAGCUACAUCGGCGUCCUCACCGGGCCGUACUACCGCUACCGGACCUACUGGGACUCGCUGCACCGACCGUUCGCCGCCAAGGCCGAUCACUGGGCUCAGACCCGGCGGAAGCUCCUCCAGAUCAGCGGCUUCACCCUCUGCUUCCUCCUCUCCAACCACUUGUUCCCCGCUAAGUACGCGCUCACGGACGAGUUCGCGAAGCGCUCGCUCCUCUACAGAUUCUGGUACAUCUAUCCGACCUUCGUCACCUUCCGAAUGCGCAUGUACAUCGGCAUGGUCAUGUCCGAGUGCGUCUGCCAGAUGGCCGGUCUCGGCGCCUACCCGAGCUGCUCGGAGCCGGUCUCCGGCCUCGGCCCCAAGGACUACAAGUCCGCGAUAGCGCUAUCCAACGAGCCGCGCUCGCUCAAACCGGAGGAGCUGGACUUCGAGACGGUGCACAACAUGAACGUGUGGGAGGUGGAGAAGUGCAUCCUGGUGCGCGACGCCAUGAAGAAGUGGAACACCUGCGUGCAGUACUGGAUGGCCGUAUGCGUGUACAAGCGCUUCCCCCACCGGGGCCUCAGGACCGCGGCCACCCUCGCGCUCUCGGCCCUCUGGCACGGCUACGCGCCCGGCUACUACCUCUGCAUCUGCCAGAUCACCUUCUUCCUGCCCAUGGAGGACAUCUACGCGAGAUUCUACAAGGAGAGCGCCGAAGCCAGUUUGAAGAAAACGGCGCUGCACUGCCUGCUGUGGUUCACCAGGAUCUCGUGCAUGUCCUACCUUGGACUGUCCUUCCAGCUGCUCCAGCUGGACGAGACGUUGACCUUCUACCGGAGUAUCUACUUCGCCGGCCAUCUGCUCGUGCUCGGGCUCUAUGUGAUAGGACGUCUCGUCCGCUCGUUCGCUCUCUAAUCAAUUUUCUCUCUCGCCACGCGUAUCGCUGCUCCUUUCGGUAUACGCCCAGCUCGCCACCUAUAAUUCUUUCAAUCAACUUAGCCGCGACGCACGCGACGGUCCGAGUCUUCGCGUUUCCUUCUCUACUGUCUAGAUAGGAAGGAUCUUCACCUAUACCGUUCGGUGGCUUAGUUACCGCCCGCGCGACUUUUACUUUCUUACGGGGCUGCAUUCGUUACUGCACAUUUUAAUUUUACUAUAGUUUCUACUUUUUAUUCGACCUCGGGAUUUAGACUGCUACGACAUAAGGGAUAGGGCGUUGCGUUUCGCCUUCGUAGAUAUAUCGUUACUUUCUUCUCCUUUUUUUCUCUCCCUCUCCGCGAUGACUUUGUAAAUAAUACGCGCGCAUGUAUACACUAAGUAGGGGGAGAUUAACAAAACGGGUUGUGUCGUAAUACAUUUUCCAGAGAAGGCUGUUAGAAAAAGAAAACAAAUGCGCUCGCGCUUGUGGCACGGUUCGAGGCGUAUUCGCGACAACGUUAAGUCUAUACAACCAUAACGUACGCGUGGAUUUGGCAUUUGACCAGCAUUUACAAUCGCAUGCUCUAUUGCUCAAAGAGACAUACGUUUGCGCGGCUCGUUACUCGAUCGCAGGCAACAAUCAGUCGAUAAGAAGUUUGAAAGACCACAAUCAAUUACAAAUGAGCUGAUGUUUUCAACAUUUUCGAUUUUUAUAUCUUUAAGAUAUAAUUUUAUAUUGCACAAAUACCUACAUUUGUACUCGUUUCCAUUUCUAUUCCAUUUAUACACGGGUUUAUAUUGAAUUUACACACUCGGCAAAAUCAAAGCGGCCUCUUACUCUCUUAUCUUUUUUCUUGUUUCAAAGCUCUAAAUCCACGCUUACUGCUUCUGGUCGUGUAAAUUUGAGUACCUGUAUACGGUUAAGCGAAGCGAUGUCAAUACAAGAGAAUAUAUACUGUACAAACAAUAACAAUACUGCGACGACGGCGGGUUUGAAACGAAGAAUUGCUCGAAUCGUUUCACGAAGCGCAUUGUAAAUUACAUUCGAGAAAACUGCUUCCAAUAAACUCUUCGUAUCGAAGAAAAAACAGAGUGGACAGUGCAAAAAGAAAAAAAAAACAGAAUAGAACUCUGUAUAAAGUGAAUGAAAAAAGCUAUGAUAAAUAAGCGAGUACUCGCGAUUCUAGCAUCGUCGGAACGUGUCCAAUCAAUAAAACGUUCUCUCGAUCCCGAAACACCAAAUAAGCAAAAUAAUAAAAUACAUAAAAGACCGUUCUUUAGUUUUAUUUUAGUUAACUUUCAUUUUCCGCGCAGCCGCGUGCAAAAAUAUACUUCUCGUGCCAUUGAUUAAACUCGUAUGGUUUGGCUCUUUCAAGUCACGCAAUAAAUUAAGCUGCAAGAAUGACUGUUUGUUAGAUCUUUCAAUCUUACCAACGUCUAUUGUUUUCCAUAUUUUGAUAGAACCGGUAUGAUACCGGAGACAAAUUAGCAAUAGAGCAGGGCAAUAGAAGGAUAAGCUAGCUUCAGUAUAUAUGUAAAAGCACCUUUCACUCGUGCACGUGAAAACGAAAGCGUAGUUUUAGGGAUGAGCUUUUUCGGAACCACUUCUCUUGCUCCCAUUUUCUUCAUCGGCACAUGCGCACAUACUUAUUGAGCCGUGUACAGCUGCUGUAAUAUACACGUGAGGGGGGGGGGGAAUGUAAGCAAAAUGCGCGCGGUUAGCACUUUCAUUGGGAGCGCGAGCGACCACGAGGAGCUGACGACGCGAUUUUGUAAGUUUCUGCCUUUUUUUUCUUUCUCCCUUUCACGCCGAGAGUGGCCAGCCGAUGACGCGCGAGCGAUUACAGUGAGAAUCCAUGCUCCCGACACUGCACGAGUGUGUGUGCGCGCGCGCGCGCGCGCGUGUGUAUCUCUCGGUCCAUUGACUUUGCUUGUCACACGCGAACGAACUUUAUCGGAAUCGGAUAACUUGUACCAAAUGUAUAAAA